AUGUCCUGCAACGACGAGGCGACGUCGACGGAGCGCAGCCUGCACGCGGCGGCGCAGAGCGGCGACGCCGGCGCGGCGUCGGGCGCCGACGAUGCGCGCUCCCUCUACCCCUCCAUCCGCCUGGACCAGGUGUGGGGCCUCAACGUGGCGCCGCCAGAGGGCGCAAAGACGUGUGUGAAGCCGUGGCAUGAGCGCGAGGACACGGGCCGCUGGACAGAGAGCGGCGUCGACGACCAGUUCGUCGUCACAAUACCCUUCACGUGCCCUGUGCGCAUGAAGUCGAUCCUGAUCAAUCCGGGCCGCGGCGACUUUGCGCCUCGACGCGUGCGUGCGUACGUGAACCGGCCAAACGGCAUCGACUUUGAGGAGGUGGCUGCGUCGUCUGCGGCCAGUGCGCCCGAUGCACCAGCGCGAGAGCGGGCGGCGCUCGGGCCUGUCGGCAGCGGCAAGCCGCAGGCCGACUUUGCGCUGCGCGAGGGCGAGACGGGCGUGUCAGAGUACCCUGUCUCGGCAGCACGCUUCUCCAACGUCAACAGCAUCAGCCUGGUGCUGUCCGACUCGAACAUGCAGACGCUCUCACGAGUCUUCUACCUCGGCAUGACGGGCACGGCGCUGGAGCUCAAGCAGGAGCCUGGCGACAAGCUCGACAUCGCGGCCGCCAACGCCGCCGACCGGCCCGUGGACUCGGUGCGCGAGCGCAGUGCCGCCGCGCAGCAGGGCAGCGCACGGUGA